AUGCUAGCGAACUUCCCCGCCGAGGUCUUGUGCCAUAUCCCUUUCGCGGUCCUGAUUGCCGUCUCACUGUGGCGCGAAGGAUGCAAUCGGAAAUUUAAUCUCAUCUUGGUUGUUGCGGCGACGCUGCAUAUCCUGAAUUUGGCCGCAUACAUUGCUUUGAGGGUCCUCGAUGAUGAUGACUCGCCAACACGAUUGCUGCUUCUCGGACUGUCGACUGUCUUCGUCUCGCAGUAUGAGCUUCACCGAUACUGGCACUUCACGGAUGAUCUCCGACGUACAAGGCUUUACGCCGGUGUCAAGUACGGCAUCUGGGCGGCGACCUUCCUCAAGACAUGUGCGGCUCCCGGGGCAUUCUAUCAACCGAAGGUCAUGGUAUCGACGGCACUGCUACAAGUGUGGGAUGCGGCCGUGUUUCUUGUCCUGGUCGUUCAUCUCAUGCGGCAAUCAUGUGCAAUACCAGUCAACAUUCUGAGAAUGAACCGGCAUCUUUACAUGAUCGCGGUGUGUGUAGGGAUUUUGUUUGCGGUUCUUCAGUUUGUAACGGGUCAAGAGCGCUUCGUGGGAUUCGUCUCGUUUCUUCAGGCUUUCAGCGCCAGCCUGCAUGCCAUGAUGCCGCCCGCGGAGCAGCGCAAGGAUCAGGAGCUGCAUUCUGUGAGGUCGCGAGAUGGAAUCUUGGGAGCGACAGACAACGAUGUGCUGCAGAGUGGAUGGUAUGACGGACCAUCCGCCACCCACAACAAACUCGCCAAAUCGAUUCAUUGCUUUUUCUCUCGGCUCAGCCGCUAG